AUGGUUAAACCCCCUAUCGUGGCCAUGGUUAAACCCCCUAUCGUGGCCCCUGUUAAACCCCCUAUCAUGGCCAUGGUUAAACCCCCUAUCGUGGCCAUGGUUAAACCCCCUAUCGUGGCCAUUGUUAAACCCACUAUCGUGGCCAUUGUCCCUGUUAAACCACCUAUCGUGGCCAUGGUUAAACCCACUAUCGUGGCCAUGGUUAAACCCCCUAUCGUGGCCAUGGUUAAACCCCCUAUCGUGGCCAUGGUUAAACCCCCUAUCGUGGCCAUGGUUAAACCCCCUAUCGUGGCCAUGGUUAAACCCCCUAUCGUGGCCAUUGUUAAACCCACUAUCGUGGCCAUUGUUAAACCCACUAAAGGUCCCUGUUAA